GCUCUCCAUCUCUCUCUCUCCUCCUUCUUCUUCUUCUUCCCCUCUCUCCCGUUCGCUAUUCCCCAGCCUCCUCUCGAGAUGGGUUGGAGAGGGAUUCUUGGGUUCGAUUACGGCGUCGUCCAGGGCCCCCUCGGCCCCGACAUCUCUGGCCCCGAGCUCGUUGCCGCCGUCGCCAAUGCCGGCGGCAUCGGGAUCCUCCGUGCCCCCGACUGGGAAGCACCUGAAUACUUGAGGGAGCUCAUACAAGAAACAAAAACCUUGACAAACAAACCAUUUGGGGUUGGCAUUGUUCUAGCAUUCCCACACAAGGAAAAUAUAAAGGCCAUAUUGGAUGAAGGGGUUGCUCUAUUGCAUGUUUCCUGGGGAGAAUACCCAAGAGAGCUUGUAUCUGAAGCUCAUCAAGCAGGUGUCAAAGUCAUUCACCAGGUUGGAUCUUUUGAAGAUGCAGAGAAAGCCAAAAUUGCUGGUGUCGAUGCAAUUAUUGUUCAAGGUCGAGAGGCUGGAGGACACAUUAUUGGCCAGGAUGGAUUGAUACCGUUGUUGCCAAGAGUAGUUGAUUUGGUUUCAGAUUGUGAUAUCCCAGUCAUUGCUGCCGGGGGUAUUGUAGAUGGCCGCGGCUAUGUUGCUGCUUUGGCCCUUGGUGCUCAGGGUGUCUGCCUUGGAACUAGGUUCGUUGCUACUGUUGAAAGCUUUGCACAUCCUUCAUAUAAGCAAAAACUACUGGAAUUUGAUAAAACUGAGUACACCAAUGUAUUUGGUCGGUCAAGGUGGCCUGGUGCUCCACAUCGUGUACUGCAAACACGUUUCUUCAUAGACAGGAGGCAUCUCCCAGUUCAUGAAAAUGAGGAAAACCAGCCUGUCAUAGGCCAUUCAGUAAUUCAUGGCAUGAAAAAAGACAUACGUCGUUUUUCCGGUACUGUUCCAAAUGCAACAACAAUGGGUGAUAUUGAUAGCAUGGUCAUGUAUGCUGGUCAAGGCGUGGCGCUUAUCAGGGAGAUUCUGCCUGCUGGUGAAGUGGUGAAGAGGCUAGUUGAGGAAUCACAGUCCAUUAUUCAACAACAAUUUUCUUAAGAAUGAGUUUGGACAAUUAUGACAUCUUACAGGACUUCUAGAAGCCUAAGAAGCUCAGCUAGUGGUGAUGGUCAUAACUGGUGAAAAGGUGCAUCAAUUGGAUUUUGGUGAUCGGAUUCAAGUUGUCCAUUUCUUCCAGAUUGAUGAACAGGUGCAGGAGUAUGGAUGGCAUGUGCAGAAAUUGAAAUAGAGGCUUAUGAGUAUGGCAUGUGCAAAAACUGAAACCAGUUGCAAAAGCACCCAAUGAUUACUAUUACUGAUAAUUACUAGAGUAUAGCACAGCUGCAUUUGUGAUCAUGUGAGAUUUAGUUAAACAUGUAAUCCGAUGAUCGAUGACAUAUAUUUUGGUAUUUGCUUUACGUAUACCAUGAUUUAUUAUAAUGUUUUUUUUAAAAUCUUUUUAAAGACAAUUGCUUAUAAUAGACCAUCUUAAGCUAGUGCAACUCUGUGAGAAGGCAAAAGAAUGGUGUUAUUUUAAACAACAA